AUGGCUGGUUAUGGCAACGGUGGAGGUUUUAACACCUACAAGGGGGCGCAAAGAUACCCAGAUGAUAGGGGGAAGCCAAUUACAACAGUAAGUGACUACCCUGAUCAUGUCUGUCAUCCUGUGAUCACUGCCUACUCAACCGAACAUGGCGUUGAGGGCUAUAUGGUGAGAGCUCAAAGAACUGUUAAAGUUCGUCGUAGUUAUGGUCUACUAGACAAGUACGAUGUGCACGAAGAAUGGGACGAUCAUAGUCCUAGGAAGGUCCAUGACUUCUUUGAUAAAAUUCAUAAUGAAGCUAGUCCACCAACUCAUCCCCCUCUUUUGAGCUCUCCAAAGUGGAGCACUAAUAAGCCUAGUUGGAGAAAUGAAGAUCACGACUCUCCCAAGUACAGUAAGCAUCGCGAUUUUAGUGACAAAGAUUGGGAGAAGUCAAGUGGAAGCCCUCUUCGCGAUAGGUUUGAAGGGUUGCACCUUCAAGAUAAUCGCGGAUCAAGUCCAUAUAAGUACAAGAAUGAUGGUUAUGAAAAUCCUAGCUUCACUCACUCCAUAGGUUCUCCCAAGGCUGGCCAUUUCAAGGACUAUGGGGUCAACAACACAAGGGAUUCACCACCAAGAUCAAGAUUGCCUCGUGAGGAUUGGGACAGCAGGAGAGGUGAUGAUGAUUAUGUAAAAAGUCCAUAUAGCAACAACCAAGAUGAUUAUGGCAAGCCAAGAUUCAAUGGAGGUUACAAGAAAACUAGUCCUCCACUUAGCCAGGCCACAAACGAUAUUGGCACUGCCAUGAAGAUCCUUGCGGAAGGUAACAAACCUCUGGCUUCUCCUACUUAUGCACCACACUCACAUUUUCCAGCAUCUUACUCGACUCCACAUAAAAAAGAAAGUUACCCUGAGAGAACUCAGGGUGGAAAGCCUCUGGUUUCAUCUGUUUCUACACAACCAACCCAUUAUCCGACAUCCGAAAGGAAAGAGAGCUACCCAGAACCAACAAAAGGAAUGAAGACUCUGUUUUCCCCUGUUUAUUCACAACAACCACAUUCACCAACUUCAAGCCCGAUACCUCAAAGGAAAGAAAGUUACCCUGAAAAAACGCAUGGCCCAAAACCUUUGUUUUCCCCUGUUUAUUCACAACAACCACAUUCACCAACUUCAAGUCCGAUACCUCAAAGGAAAGAAGGCUACCCUGAAACAACGCAUGGCCCAAAGCCUCUGUUUCCCACUGUUUAUUCACAACAAGCACAUUCACCAACUUCAAACCCGACACCUCAAAGGAAAGAAAGCUACCCUGAAACAACGCAUGGACCAAAGCCUUUGUUUUCCCCUGUUUAUACGCCACAAUCACAUUCACCAACUUCUAAUCCAACACCUCAAAGGAAAGAAAGCUACCCUGAAAAUAUGCUACCACAUGGAAAGAAAGCAAAACACACAUGGCCCAAAGCCUCUAUUUUCCCCUAUCCAAAAUCUCAAAAUAACGAAAGUUACCCCAAGAAGACAAAAGGUUGGAAGUCUCUGUUUUCCCCCGCUGCUAAGCAACAACCACACUCUCCACCAACAUCACAUUCAACACCUGAAAUGAAACAAAGCUACCCUGAUCAUGAACCGCGAGGCUGGAAACCUUCAUCUACCCCUACUUCUCCACCAAAGGAACAAUACAGUCCACAAAUGGAAGACCAUUACCCUGAAAAAAUCCAGGCCAGGGAGCAUUUUCCACCUCCAUAUGAGAAUACACAGGAACCGCGCUAUGGUGCAAUCGUCCCACCAAAUGCAACCAUUGAUAGCAGUGAGGCCAGGAAAAGGUAUGCUAACUUAAAACCAGUGUCCCCAGCACAGAAGAAGUACUCAGGAACAAUUGAUAGCAGAGAGGCUGUGAAAAAGUACAAUGGUGCAUUUGUUCCAUAG